AUGGCAACCAAACCGACCGUAAAAAUCACCCCCGUAACCUCCGCCACAGACCUCGCGCACAUCUUCGACGUCAUCGCCUCAGCACUCGGCGCCCAAGCCCGCGAUGGCUUCUGGAUAGCCAUGAACCCAGGCUGGGAUACCCCCGAGGGCAGAGCAGCCGGUAUAGAGCGGCUCACGCAGCGGUUCGUAUCAUCAUCAUCAUCAACCGCGCGCGACCGCAACGGGGACCCCACCACGAUCUUCCUCAAGGCCACUAUUGACGACCCCGCCAACCCCGACUCAGGCGAGGAGGUGAUUGCCGGCGCCGCGGUCUGGAUGCAGGCGUCUAUGGUUGACGGGUACGGCGAGAAGCCCGUGCCGGAUCUGGCGGAGGCGAUGGAUUUGAAUGAGCUGUAUCCUAAUCCUGGGGAUGAGAGCCAGCAUUUGUUCCUGCGGCAGGUGGAUGCGUCGCUGCAUGGGCGGCGGGUUGAGGUGGUUAAGGAGAUUGCGGGGAGUGCAUCGCCUGCGGUGUUUGCGCUGGAUCUUUGUGUUGUUGAUCCGGAGUUCCAGAGACGGGGGGUUGCGAGUCGGUUGGUGCAGUGGGGGCUUGAGGAGGCGAGGAGGAGAGGUGUGUUGGAGGCUGUCCUGGAGGCGUCGAGUAUGGGGAGGCAUGUUUAUGCGCGGCUUGGGUUUGAGCAGGAGGGGGGUGAGAUUGUUUAUGAUGUUGAUGAGCGCUUUCGGGGGAGGGAUCUGCCCUCGAAUGUGUUUAUGCGGACGGGGAGGCCGCAAUAG